GGUUUCCAUUGUGCAGUGCUCUUGGUUGUUAGAGCUUUAGUGCAGAGAAGGCAAUUUAGUAAAUUGCUCUUCAAUUGCUGCAUCACAAGCCACCACAGAGUCACCAUGGGUUCCUUAAAGCGCAAGGAGGGCCCCAACGGCGCCUCUGCCUCCAAACCAACCCGGCCCGCCACCGAGUCGAGACCUUCAAAACGGGCGAAAGCGAGCGAAUCGACCAAAGACGACGGCAAGAAGGGCGCAAAGGAGCCAAAGUCCCCUGCGAAGCCAGCAGCAACCGCCGUGGUUUCGAAACUGAAGGAGGAGGAACCUCUGUUUCCAAGAGGUGGCGGGAGCGUCCUGACCCCCCUCGAGCAAAAACAGAUCUCGAUUCAGGCCAAGAAGGAUGUCUUGUUCGAGGAGCAAUCCGAGGGCAAGAAGGGGGACAACUCUGCCAGGAGGAAGAGGCGCAAGUCCCGCGCUGCAGAGGCAGGCACGGGCGACAGCAAAGACGAGGACGCCGUGAAAGUGGAGGGGCUAAAUUUCAAGCGGCUGGUACAAGGUUCGCUAGUACUCGGGACGGUCUGCGCCAUCAACGCGCUCGACAUCGCAAUUGCGCUACCGAACAACCUCGUUGGCCAUGUGCCCAUAACCGCCAUCUCCGAGCCUCUGACACAGCGGCUGGAGGAGAGCGCCGAGAAGGAGGACGACGACGAGCCUGAGGAUGAGGGCGUUGACGACGUUGACCUAAAGAGCUUAUUCCAAAUCGGCCAAUAUGUCCGCGCUUAUGUCACAUCAACACUGGACGAGUCAGCCCCAGGAAAGACAAAACGCCACAUCGAUCUUGCUCUUGAUCCGGCGCAUGCCAAUACUGGUAUCUCAGAGCAGGACGUGGUCGAGAACUGCACGCUUAUGGCCGCCGUGGCCAGUGUUGAGGAUCACGGCUUCGUCAUGGAUAUCAACAUAGCCGAGUCGAAGUUAAGGGGGUUCCUGCCGCGGAAGCAGCUCGACAAGAGCAUCCCUGAGGAGAGCCUCCAGCCGGGAUCAGUUCUUCUGUGUAUCGUGGCGAACAAGGCCGCUGGCGGCAAGGUGGUGCAACUUUCAACGCUCUCCGACCGUAUCGGCAACCCCAAAAGCAACCCCUCCGACGCCACCACCAUCGGCUCGUUCCUACCCGGUACUGCGGCCGACGUUUUGGUGUCCGAGGUGUCUCAACACGGUGUUGUUGGUAAGGUGAUGGGUCACUUGGAUGUGACUGCAGACCUUGUCCACUCUGGCGCCGGACCCGACGGCGUCGACAUUGUGGCCAAGUACAAAGUAGGCUCACGCGUCAAGGCAAGGAUUAUCUGCACAUUUCCAAACGCAAAGCUACCGAAAUUGGGUAUCUCCGUGCUGCCACACGUGCUCUCAUUGAAGCCAAAAACCGCAAGCAAGGACGGCCAGGAGAUUCUGCCAACUAGGAUUCUUGCUCACUCGGCGACUGUGGACGAGUGCACCGUGGAGAGAGUCGAACCGGGCAUCGGCCUUUAUGUCGACGUUGGCGUUGAAGGCAUUCCGGGUUUCGUCCACAUCUCGAGAGUCAGGGACGGCAAGGUCGACAGCUUGUUCGAAAGCAGCGGCCCGUAUAAAACCGGCUCUAUCCACCCCGGUCGUAUGGUGGGUUAUAACAACUUCGAUGGCAUGUUCCUCCUCUCAUUUGAGAAGAAAGUCCUAGAACAGCCGUUCUUGAGGAUCGAGGACAUCCCCGUGGGUGCCGUAGUACCUGGCGUGGUCGAGAAGCUCGUUAUCAACCAAGACGGCCUCGGGGGUCUCAUCGUCAAUAUCGCUGAUGGAAUUUCUGGCCUGGUCCCUGAGAUGCACCUUUCCGACGUUCACCUACAGCAUCCCGAAAAGAAAUUCAGGGAAGGGAUGAAGGUGAAGGCCCGCGUGCUCUCUACCAACCCGGCAAGGCACCAGCUUCGCUUGACGUUGAAGAAGACGCUGGUUAACUCGGAAGCCCUUCCUAUCAAGUCGUACGACGAGCUUGCGGUCGGUCUGCAGGCUCCCGGCACGAUAGUGAGUGUGCUACAACACGGCGCCAUCGUUCAGUUCUACGGCCAGCUACGUGGUUUCCUCCCGGUCUCCGAAAUGAGCGAGGCCUACAUCAGCGACCCCAAGGAGCACUUCCGUGUAGGCCAGACGGUCAGCAUUUAUAUCAUCAGCUUCGAUCCCGAAGCUCGCCGCCUUAUCGUUUCCUGCAAAGAUCCAUCAGCCUUCGGUCUCGAGAAACAGCUCGCUCUCAAAAAGUUGCAAAUUGGUGACCUGGUAUCGGCGAAGGUUACACAGAAGACUGAGGACGACAUCUUUGUUGAGCUCACCGACAACUCACUGAAGGCUGUCCUGCCCGUUGCGCACCUGACGGACAAGUCAGUCAGCAAGACACAAUCAGCGCUCAAGAAGAUCCACGUCAACCAAACUCUGUCCGAGUUGGUUGUUUUGGAAAAGAACGAAGCCCGUCGUUCCAUCACACUCUCUCACAAGCCGAGUCUCGUCCAAGCCAGCAAGGAAGGAAAGCUUCUUGCGAGCGUGGAGGAUGCCCGGCUGGGAAACGAAGUUGCCGGCUUCGUUCGGAAUAUUACCGCCACUGCUGCCUUCGUGCAGUUUGCGGGGAAGCUGACUGCUCUCCUCCCCAAGUCAAAGCUACCUCGCGAUGUCCAGGACAAACCCAGCUUCGGGAUGCACAAGUCACAGUCCCUUGUUGUCAAGAUCACCUCCAUCGACAAGGACCUUGGCCGCUUGGUGGUUGCGAUCCCGUCGGUUGCAGAUGAAGAGGUGAAGAAGGUUGCCAAGCCCACGGAGAAGGCGAUCAACUCCUUGGAUGAUUCGAUUUCUUCUGCCGACGAUCUCGCCAUUGGCAAGCUCACGAAGGCUAGGGUGAAGUCGGCUAAGGAGACGCAGCUGAACGUCCAGAUCGCGGAUAACAUUCAGGGGCGGAUCGAUGUCUCACAGGUUUUCGACAAGUGGGAAGACAUUCCGGACGCGAAGCGGCCACUCAAGCGGUUCAAGCCGAACGAAAUCUUGGAGGUUCGAGUCCUCGGCGUUCACGAUGCCCGCAAUCACCGCUUUCUCCCCAUCACCCACCGGUCCAGUCACUCAGUCCUGGAGCUGUCAACAAAACCUAGCGACCUGAAGGCCGACACACUCCCCGAAUCACUAUCUCUGGAUAAAGUCGAGGUUGGAUCCACCCAUAUCGCCUUCGUCAACAAUGUUGCAUCCAACUACUUGUGGGUAAAUCUAUCGCCAAACGUGCGUGGGAGAAUCAACGCCAUGGAGGCGUCCGAUGACUUGGCCAAGCUGGCGAACCUGGAGAAGAGCUUCCCCGUGGGUUCUGCGCUCCAAGUAAAGGUGCUCGCUGUAGACAAGGAGAAGGAGCGGGUCGACCUCUCAGCCCGGACCUCUGGCGAAGCGGCUCAACUUUCCUGGGACAAGAUUCAACAAGGUUUAGUUCUGCCAGCUAAGGUUACCAAGGUCAACGACCGCCAAGUCAUUGUCAAGCUGAGCGAACUGGUAGCAGGACCUGUGCACCUGGCAGACCUCGCUGACGAUUACGACGAGGCGAAUCCCCUAUCACAUUCUAGGAAUGAGAUUGUGCGGGUAGCCGUCGUCGAGGUCGACAAGAGCAACAAGAGAGUGAGGUUGUCCAUGCGGCCGUCCAAGGUCCUAAACUCAUCCUUGCCUGUGAAGGACAAGGAGGUCACAAAAAACACCAAGCUCGAGGUCGGCGACAUCAUCCGCGGUUUCGUCAGAAACGUUUCCGACAAGGGCCUCUUCGUGUCGCUCGGCGGCGACCUCGUGGCGCUGGCCAAGAUCAAGAACCUGUCCGACUCGUACCUGAAGGACUGGAAGGAGCACUACCAAGUCGACCAACUCGUCAAGGGUCGCAUCAUCUCCGUGGCCGAGGGUCGCAUUGAGCUGAACUUGAAGCCGUCGGUGGUGGACAAGGACUAUGUCCCGCUAACCACCAUCGCGGACCUCAAGGAGGGUCAGACCAUUACCGGCAAGGUGCGGAAGGUCGAAGAGUUCGGUGCUUUCAUUGACAUUAACGGCUCAAUGAAUCUGUCCGGUCUGUGCCACCGCAGCGAGAUGGCGGACCGGAACGUCAAGGAUGCCAGGACGCUGUACAACGAGGGCGACCGCGUAAAGGCCCGUGUGUUGAAGGUCGACCUCGAAAAGAAACGGAUCAACCUUGGCCUGAAACCCUCGUACUUUAAGGACGGCGAGGCGGACGACAUGGACGUUGAUAGCGAGGACGAGGAUGCUGGUGCGGUUCUGGAUGGCGAGGAAAGCGGAGACGAAGAGAUGAGCGAUGCUGGUGGCGCCAUUCUCAUCGGUGGUUCCGACGACGAGGACGAGGAUGACGAGGACGGGGAAGAUGAGAGCGAUGUCGAAAUGGGCGAAGCGGCAGAGGAGGGUCUCACAGGCCUUGACGCCGGCGGCUUCGACUGGACGGCCAAUGCUCUGGAUGCUGAUGAGAACGUCGAUGCUCCCGCGGCUGACGAACCAAGCAAGAAGCCCAAGAAGAGGCGGGAACCCCAGGGUAUCGUCGAUAAGACCGCUGAGCUCGAUAUUAACGGCCCGCAAACAUCCAGCGAUUACGAGCGUCUCCUCCUCGGUCAACCGGAUUCGUCUGAGCUCUGGAUCGCCUACAUGGCCUCGCAGAUGCAAAUCAACGACCUCGCCAGCGCAAGGCAAGUGGCCGAGCGGGCCAUCAAGACGAUCAACAUCAAGGAGGAAACUGAGAAGCUGAAUGUCUGGAUCGCUUACCUCAACUUGGAAGUCGCCUACGGUACCGACGAGACGGUCGAGGAGGUUUUCAAGCGCGCCUGCACCUACAACGACGACCAGGAAGUCCACGAGCGGCUGGCGAGCAUCUACAUCCAGUCCGGCAAGCACAAGGAAGCCGAAGCCCUCUUCGAAGACAAGAUCCUCAAGAAGUACGGCUCGCGCUCCCCACACGUCUGGAUCAACUACGCGCACUUCCUGCACGCGACGGCGGGCCAGCCGGAGCGCGGACGCGCGCUCGCCAAGCGCGCCACGCAAAUCCUCGGCAACCCGGCCAACACGGCCGCCAGCGGCAGCGCAGCCCAAGCACACCUCGCGCUGCUGCCCAAGUUCGCGGCGCUCGAGUUCCGCUCCCCGCACGGCGACCGCGAGCAGGGGCGCACCCUGUUCGAGAACCUGCUCGCCACCUACCCGCGCAAGUUUGAUCUCUGGAACCAGCUGCUCGACCUCGAGGUGUCGGUCCCGGCCGAGGAUUCCGAUGUGGCGGUCGUCAGGGACCUGUUCGAUCGCGGCAGCAAGGUGAAGGGGCUCAAGCCGCGCCAGGCGAAAGCGUGGUUCCGCCGCUGGGCGAAGUGGGAGGAGGAGAGGGGUGAUGCGAAGAGCAGGGAGCGGGUUUCGGCGAGGGCGGUGGAGUGGGCGAGGGUCGCGGGGAAGGGGAGGGGUGGUGGUGAUGAUGGGGAGGCGGGUGGGGAGGAGGAGGAGGAGGAGUAG